UCGUAAAAAUCUAUCACAAACACAAGAAAAAAAAAAAGAGAGGGUAAAGAUGAUUUCAAGCCACUCUUAUUGGUUUUCUAGUGUUGUUACCUUAUAUUUCUUCUUCUUGGUUUUCCUCGUUUUACACACUCUUGCUUCUCCUGUUCACCACUAUUGCUGUCAUGAUCAGAGAGAUGCCCUUCUUGAGUUCAAACACGAGUUUCGGGUAAAUGAAUCCAACUCAGGUCCAUAUUUAAGUUCAUGGAAUAACAAUCGUGAUUGCUGUGUUUGGGAGGGAGUCACAUGUGAUGCUAAAUCUGGCAAAGUGAUUUCACUUUACCUUUAUGACAUCCCUCUCAACAAAUCUUUGAAACCAAACAGUAGUCUUUUCAAACUCCAACAUCUUCGUAGCCUAACUCUUAUAGCUUGCUAUCUGUAUGGAGAGAUUCCCUCUUCAGUAGGAAACCUAACUCAACUAGAAUUUCUAUAUCUUGACUCUAACAACUUCAAGAGAUAUAUUCCUGCUUCAUUUGCCAACUUUACAAAACUCUCCCUUUUAGACCUCUCAAAUAAUCAAUUCACGGGUGAAUUCCCUCUUGUACUACUAAAUUUAACCACCAGUUUGUCCUCGUUAGACAUUAGCUCUAAUCUUUUUAAAUCCAAGCUUUGGCCUGACAUGAGUAGAUUCCGUAGCUUAGAGUAUUUCGGUGUGGGUGGAAACUCAUUUUUUGGGCCUUUUCCUACAUCCUUGUUCAUGAUUCCUUCGUUAACAAGGGCUGAUUUGUGGGGAAACAAUUUCAAGGGACCUGUAGAAUUUAAGAAUAUAUCUUCGUCAUCUAAGCUUCAGAUUCUAUACCUUGAUCACAACAAUUUCACUGGACCAAUCCCCAAAUCCAUAUCAAUUUUUCCUUAUCUAUAUAGGUUAGAUCUUAGUGACAACAAUCUCAUUGGACCAAUCCCCAGAUCUUUAUGUAAGCUGGUCAACCUUGAUUCUCUAGAUCUAAGCCACAACAAUUUCAUUGAGCCAAUCCCCAUAUUUAUAUCAAAGUUAGUCAACCUCAUCCUUCUCAAUCUUAGCCACAACAAUUUUAUUGGGUCAAUUCCCAGAUUAAAUUCAUUAAUUCUCGGGACUCUUGAUCUUUCUUACAAUAAGUUGGAAAGAAAAAUAUCAGGUUGGUUAUGGCAUGUGCCGACGUUGAUACUUUCUCACAACUCCUUCAACCGUUUUGAAAAACCAUUGGAAGUUUCUGAUUUAUCAUAUUCCGUGACAUUGGAUCUUAGUUCGAAUGUUUUUCGAGGACCAUUACCCCAUUGGAUAUGCAAGCUUAGACCGUCAACACUAUUAGAUUUGUCCAACAAUAGCUUUAGCGGCUCCAUCCCUCAAUGUUUUAGGAAUACCGUUGCUGGUCUCACAUCACUGAAUCUAAAGAAGAACAAUUUCAGUGGAAUUCUUCCUUCGAAAAUAUUUGUCAAUGCUACCAACUUAGCGUCGCUUGACAUCAGCUACAACCAGUUGGAGGGCAAACUUCCAGAAUCAUUGUUCGACUGUCCUAUGUUGGUGUUUUUAAAUGUGCAAAACAACAAGAUCAAGGACAAGUUUCCAUUUUCUCUUUCGUCAUUAAAUGUCUUGAUCCUACGGUCAAAUGAAUUCUAUGGGCCUUUGUAUGAUCCUCAUGUGUCCAUUGCUUUUCAAAGUUUAAGAGUCAUCGAUAUAUCACAUAAUCACUUCAAUGGAACUCUGCCACCAUUCUAUUUUUCCAACUGGCUUGAAAUGAUCAUGUUAGCCGAAGAAUUUCAAGGCCAUAGCAUGUACAUGGGAUAUGACCUCUUUGAUGAUCCCUUCCGUUAUUCCAUGGAGAUAGUAAAUAAAGGAGUCGAUACGUUAUUUGAGCUGAUCCGGACAGACUUUGGAGCUAUCGACUUUUCAGGAAACAACUUUUCAGGAAAGAUCCCAAAAUCCAUUGGAUUAUUGAAGGGAUUGCGUCUUCUCAACUUGUCAAGUAACAGAUUCUCAAACCAUAUUCCUCAAUCAUUGGCAAAUCUGACAAAUCUUGAGGAACUAGACCUAUCUCGGAAUCAGCUUUCAGGUCCAAUACCACGAAGCACACAGUUUCAAAGACAAAAUUGUUCGUCAUUCAUGGACAACCCCAAGCUCUACGGCCUCGAAGAUAUAUGUGGAAAAACUCAUUUCCCUAAUCCUACACCACAAGAAUCUGAGGAUUUAUCUGAGCCAGAAGAACAAGUGAUUAGUUGGAUAGCAGCGGCGAUAGCUUAUGGACCUGGUGUGUUCUGCGGAUUGGUGAUAGGACAUAUCUUCUCUCAAGGCAUAUACAACUGGUUCAUGUAAAAGUUCUGCCGAAAGCAAUUCCAAGAUAGUCACUAGAAGUGCCCCCUAGGACACAAUCUCUCUUUAAGUGCUUGUGAAACCUACGUAUGUGUGUGUGAGUUCUCCCAACGUACUUUUCAAUACAUAAUUUUGUAAUAAAUGUCUUUUGGUAGUAUUUGAUUUUAAACUUAAAAUGCAUUCUAAACUGGUGUGUGUGUGGUUAUCUGUAAUGCUAUAUUUUUUUUUUAUUUCUCACUAACUUGUCUUUGUCAUGGAAACAAAUAAAUCACGUCGUUUUGAGUCUUC